AUGGCAAUUGCACAGAACAGCAUCGAUCUGGCGGCUAUAUCGAGGCCUAUCGAGCGCCUGCCGGUCAGGAAACCAAGCGGCGAGCCGAAGGAGGCCAUGAAUUGCAAGAGUUGUCGAAAGCGAAAGCCUCCUCUUGGCUCAAGCCUGCCGCUAACGCCUCGGCAGAUAAAAUGCAACAGAAUGAACCCCAGCUGCGAGGCUUGCUCCGUCUUUAACUGUGCGUGUAUAUACGAUGCCAUCCCUAAGAAGCGUGGUCCCAAGACAGACGUGCUGGAGGCACUGCUCAAGCGGGUGAAUGGUUUAGAGAAGCGUCUCAAGGACGAGAACAAAAACGCCUCGCUAUGUGCAAAAUCGUCAAACUCUGCAACUGAUCCGCAGGAUGCUCCUAGGACUACUGAACGCGAUACGAUGCCGACAUCGCCACCCAGUCAGGACACGAAAAAUGCUGAGAGGCGGCAGUUGAAGGCAGCACCGAUACCGAUUGAACCAGCACCUCCAGCAAGAGAGGCCCUAGCCUUUACAGACGCUCUGCUUGAUACGUAUUUUGCUCGCCUGCACAACAAGCCAUACUACAUUCUGGACGAGACAGCAACAAGACAAAGAUUGCGUGACGGUCGCCUACCAGGGUAUCUAAUAAAUGCCAUCCACGCUGUUGCCAUCAGAUAUGUUCCGCAUCUCAGUGCAGGCUACGGUGGCGCUGUGCGCUCCAGCCAGGACUACGUAAUGCGUGCGAGGCCUCAAAUCGAUGUCGACGAGCCAAACAUUGACAACCUCCAGGCGCUUUUGCUGCUUGCGAUGGCAAACUUCCAGAAUGGCAAGGGAAAGAGGUGUUAUAUGGUCUUGACCCAUGCAGUGAGCAUGGCUUUUGCUCUAAACCUUCACCGGGAGCUUCCAGCCGAGCUUCGAAUAGCGCCUUCAGAACGGGAAGGACGUCGGAAACUCUUCUGGACAUGCUAUCUCAUGGAUCGUUUUACUGUCAGUGGCUCGAAACGCCCAUCCCUUAUCUCAGACGACUCGAUUCAUCUGAGAUUGCCAGCGUGGCAGCCACCCGGCUCUCGAGUUUUGGCAGAUGGCAACUUCUUCUCACAUGGCUCGAGCUUGCUAUAUGCGUCAGGAGUAUCAAGUGGAGUACAAGGAAGUGGUACAAUGCUCAUUGAGAUCGUGCGAGUUCUUGGUGUCACCAAUCGCUAUCUAGCCGGCGGUGGCGUGAAGGGCGACUCGCACUUUCCCUGGCACGCCCAGUCUACACUUUCAAGGAUCAGAUCGGAUGUAGACUACUGGGCGGCGGCUACACAGGAAGUCUUCACAUCGAUUGAUACGCUCUUUGGAUCUCACGACAGCUCAACACUUGUGCUAAGCAAGCUCAUUUACCAUUUAGUCCAUUGUUUGAUCUAUCGACCAUUUCUCCCCAUCGAUCUUGCUGAACUUUCAGGUUCAGCGCAGCAUCAAUCAUGGCAAAUAGAAGCCACCAAUCUGUGCUUUUUACAUGCAAACGCAAUUGCCGAAUUGGUGGAGAUUGGAAGGAACACAUCACUGCUAGACUGGCCAUCAUUUGUCGGCUACGCAAUAUGCACAGCGGGCACAAUCCAUGUGCACGGUGCUCACUACCUUUCCUAUCGCGAUGGCGAUGCUUUCUGUCACAGUGCUGACUUUUUGUCACGUGAGAUGAAUCAAUUACAGGAGCUGCGAGCGAUAUGGUCCGGAGUGCAGCAUCAGAGAGACACUUUGCAAGCUGUCUAUGGAAGCCAUGCUCAGCUUGUAAAGUCGUUGGCGAGCAGUCCCAUGCGCUUUUCGCCGGUUUUCCAAAUGGAGGAUUUCUUCGACCGCUACCCAGGGUGUUACAUUGAUGGGGCACAUGUCACAUUCUCCGACAUUGUUCCUGAUUCGCUGAAUGAAGGAUAUCAAAUGUUCAACGCUCAUGACAUGUGGCUACAGGAGACCACUUAUGCUCCUCAUGUGCCUUCUCAGCCA